AUGAUGCAAACAAAUUAGAAUGAGAUGUAGUUUAAUUUUCCAAUUAGAGUUACGUAAAAUGCUUGCUGCGAUAGAUUCGAACUUCAAAAGAUGUCGGAAGAAAUGUUGUCUUUUGAGCUUGGAAUGUCUCGCGUGAUGACAGCUCUUGCCCUUUUCUCUUGAUGGACAUGAACUUGGAUAUGUAAGACCUCUGGUCGCGACAUCGCCCACAACUCGUCAAGUUCUACAAUUUUUUUCGAAAAUGAGGGAUCCAGAGCACCCUCGCAAUCGCAGUAGAAGCCGCCAUUCUGAAAUACCAGAUCGAACAGCCGAUGGAGCCGAAGACAAUCAAAUGACGACCGAAAAUUUUAAUGAUCCAGAGAAUGAAGAGUUGGCGAGACUGAGGUGCUCGAGUGUGCAGACAGAAGUCAUUGUUGAAAGAAAUAGAAGGAAUAGGCAGCGAAGCGCUGGUUAUCCUGGUUUAGCUUUCGGGGCAUCCAUAUUUUCUUCAGGAACGAUGAUGAAAUUCAAUUUAAUAUCUAAUGAGCUCCACAACAUCAUGAACGUGCAGCUCAAAAGGGCUGAGGGUGAAGUUGCUGGUCUCAACAGGCGUAUCCAGCUGAUUGAAGAAGAUUUGGAACGUUCUGAAGAAAGAUUGAAGAUUGCCACUGCCAAAUUAGAAGAAGCCUCCCAAAGUGCUGAUGAAAGUGAACGUAUGCGCAAGAUGCUUGAGCACAGGAGCAUCACUGAUGAGGAGCGUAUGGAUGCCCUUGAAGAUCAGUUGAAGGAGGCAAGGCUGAUGGCUGAGGAAGCUGACCGCAAAUAUGAUGAGGUCGCACGUAAGAUGGCAAUGGUUGAAGCUGAUCUGGAACGUGCUGAAGAGCGUGCUGAGACUGGUGAGAGCAAAAUUGUAGAGCUUGAGGAAGAGUUGCGAGUUGUGGGUAACAACUUGAAGUCCCUUGAAGUCAGUGAAGAGAAGUACCUACAAAGGGAGGAGGCUUAUGAAUCUCAAAUUCGCACUAUGACUGAGAGGUUGAAGCAGGCUGAAGCCAGAGCUGAGUUCGCUGAAAGAUCUGUCCAGAAAUUACAGAAGGAGGUUGACAGACUUGAAGAUGAACUGGUCCAAGAGAAGGAGAAAUACAAAGCCAUCUCCGACGAGUUGGACCAAACCUUUGCAGAGCUUACCGGCUACUAAAGAUCGACCCGAUUCGCAUCCGCUUUUGUGCCUGGGUAUAUCUGUCUAUCUCUACAAAUUCCAUUUUGUAUGUUUCUCACUAUUUCUUCUGCUCGGGUAGCAACAUCUCCCACCCGCUUCUUCAACGAACAUCAUUCACUCGUCGAUGUAAAGAGCGGCCAGGCAUAAAGUACCGAGGAACUGAAUUGUAGACAGUAUUUCACAUCAUCUAACACAAUAUAAACAAUUGAUCUGUGUACCUAAUAUUUAAAAAAAGUUUGUAAAUUGUUAUCAAAAUCUGAACACUAUUUUGAGGUGAAUUAAAAGAACUUUUAUUCA